AUGCUGCGUACAGCGACUGCCAGACUGCCCGGCGCAGAAGUUCGAGCUCUGUCUUUCUCGCCUGCAACUGGAAGCUCUCUCCAGGCCCCCGCAAGAAGCUUCACUACUGCACCCUCGACGUCCAUAAUCCGCAUACCAGCUCGUCCCAGACAAUCGACACCUCCCUCCACUGCCUCCGCCUCCGCUUCCGCCAGGACGUUCACGAGCACCGCCAAGAUGGGACGCAAAGAGAGUGAUGCAUUCGGCGAGGUCGAGGUCGACGACAAGGUCUACUGGGGAGCCCAGACACAACGCUCCCUAGGCAACUUCAAGAUCAACCAGCCACAAGACCGCAUGCCACCGCCCAUCGUGCGCGCGUUCGGUGUCUUGAAGGGUGCCGCUGCUACCGUGAACAUGAAUUUCGGCCUGGACCCCAAGCUGGGCAAGGCCAUCCAGCAAGCCGCCAGCGAGGUCGCGUCGCUCAAGCUGGUCGAUCACUUCCCUCUGGUCGUGUGGCAGACUGGAUCCGGUACACAAUCGAACAUGAAUGCAAACGAGGUCAUCUCCAACAGAGCCAUUGAGAUUCUUGGUGGUCAGAUGGGCAGCAAGAAGCCUGUGCACCCCAACGACCAUGUCAACAUGUCUGCCUCCUCCAACGACACCUUCCCAACUGUGAUGCACAUUGCCGCUGUGCUGGACUUUGAGGAGUCGCUCUUGCCAGCAUUGAAGAACCUGCAUCAAGCCAUGAAGCAUAAGCAGGAGCAAUUUGAGCACAUCAUCAAGAUUGGUCGUACGCACUUGCAGGAUGCCACACCACUCACGCUUGGUCAGGAGUUCAGUGGAUACGUCACACAGCUUGAGUACGGCAUCCAGCGCAUUGAGUCCUCGUUGCCACGUCUAAGGAUGCUUGCGCAAGGUGGAACCGCCGUCGGUACCGGCCUCAACACCUUCAAGGGCUUCGACGAGAUGAUUGCACAGGAGGUCAGCAAGCUGACUGGAAAGCAAUUCAUCACAGCACCCAACAAGUUUGAGGCAUUGGCUGCUCAUGACGCUGUUGUCGAGGCUCAUGGUCAACUCAACACUCUCGCCACAUCGUUGUUCAAGAUUGCGCAGGACAUCCGCUUCCUCGGCUCUGGCCCACGAUGCGGUCUCGGCGAGCUUAAUCUGCCGGAGAACGAGCCAGGCAGCUCGAUCAUGCCUGGCAAAGUAAACCCAACCCAAUGCGAGAGCUUGACGAUGCUUUGCUGUCAAGUAUUUGGCAACCAGGCAGCCACGACAUUCGCUGGCUCGCAGGGCAAUUUCGAGCUCAACGUCUUCAAGCCUGUCAUGAUCCGCAACCUGCUGCACUCUUCCCGUCUGCUUGCCGACGGCAUGAACAGCUUCCGCGAGCACCUGGUUCUGGGACUUGAGGCCAACGAGGCGAAGAUCUCAAGUAUAAUGAAGGAAAGUCUGAUGCUGGUUACCUGCCUGAACCCCGUGAUAGGAUAUGACAUGGCUUCCAAGGUCGCCAAAAACGCGCACAAGAGAGGUAUCACGUUGAAGGAGAGUGCCAUGGAGCUGGAAGCGCUCAGCAGCGAGAAGUUCGAUGAGAUUGUUCGUCCGGAACUGAUGAUCGCACCAAAGGAUGUGCAGAAGAAGUAA